AUGGCUUCUCAUCAACUCAUUUCUGCUAUACAUCUUAUCUUCUUAUACAUUCACAUACUUUCCACCAUCUCUCAAGCUUCUGUUCCUCCUUCAGAAACAUUCACUUACGUUAAUUCAGGCGAAUUCGGGAUAUAUAUCGUAGAGUACGACGCGACAUAUCGUGCUCUUUCUCCUUAUAGUAGCCCAUUCCAACUUUGUUUCUACAACACCACCCCUGACGCAUACACUCUAGCUUUACGCAUGGGCACCAUGCGGUCAGAAUCCCUCAGGCGUUGGGUAUGGGAAGCAAACCGCGGAAACCCAGUUAACGAGAAUGCGACUCUAACACUUGGUAAAGACGGAAACCUUGUCCUGGCUGAUGCUGACGGUAGGAUCGCAUGGCAAACGAAUACCGCCAACAAGGGUGUGGUACGCUUUCAGGUGCUCCCGACCGGUAACAUGGUUCUUCAAGAUGCUAAAGGUAACUUCAUUUGGCAGAGUUUCGAUUCCCCAACGGACACUCUCUUGGUGGGUCAAUCUCUUCGAGCCAGUGGCGUGAAUAAGCUUGUGAGUCGCGGUUCAGAGACGAACAACGUGGAUGGACCAUACAGCUUGGUGAUGGAGCCCAAAGGGCUAGCCAUGUAUUACAAAAGUGCCAACUCGCCUCGACCAAUGCUCUAUUGGUCUUCUAUUGAAUGGUUCACUAUUGAUAAGGGUAGUAUGACUAAUUUAACCCUUAAUUCGAAUCCAGAUUCCGAUUAUCUUUAUUACUUGUCGUUUGAUUACUUUACCACAAAACCCUUGUCCAACCAAGGUCGUUACAUGACCUACACGAAGUAUGAUAACAGAUUAUCGUUUCUUCGGCUAGAGAUAGAUGGAAACCUAAAAUUCUACACAUACAACGACAAUGUGGAUGGUGGUGGGAUCGCGUGGGAGAUGGACUACGCGUUUCUGGAUAGGGAUUCCAUGGAAGGCGAGUGCCAAUUACCUGAAAGAUGUGGAAAAUUCGGGUUGUGUGAGGAUAACCAGUGUGUCGCGUGCCCAACCGAGAAUGGGCUAACCGGCUGGAGCAAAGAUUGUGAAGCCAAGAAAGUGUUUUCUUGCAAAGCUACUGACUUUCACUACUACAAGCUUCAAGGGGUAGACCAUUUCAUGAUCAAGUACACCAAGGGUGAUGGACCGAUGAAACAAAGCGAUUGUGAGAGUAAAUGCACGAAGGAUUGCAAGUGCAUGGGGUAUUUCUAUCACACAGAUGAAUUGAGGUGUUGGAUUGCUUAUGAUUUGAAAACAUUAACGCUAGUUGGCAACUCGACUCGUUUUGCUUGCAUCAAAACACCCAACAAAUAGUGUCAUAAGCACAUUGUUAAGUUCUGCAUAAUCUAUAUUUAUUUUCUGUGGAUGUCAAUAAAAAAGGCAGAACUAAAUUAUGUGGCGUUAUGUAAAUUGUUUG